GACAAAACGGUACAAACGCAGAGAUUCCUACGGGAUUUCCUCCAAAGAUGUAUUCAGACAAUUCGAAUUCGUGAUUCGAAAUAUCUAAUAUGAUACUCGUUACCAAUUAUUUCAGGGGCGUUUUCCUAAACCAAGCGAGCAAAAUACAUUUAAUGUAAAUUUUGAAUUAUUUUUUUAAAUAUGUUUAGAAUUACCCUGAAUUCAGCUCUGCAUAAUUCUGACACAUUGAAUGCAAACAUUUCACGCACACCGUUGCGUAUCCGUCACGCGAAUGAUUGCGAUUGAUGACGAUGAUGAUCGAUCCCCGCAAGUCGAAAACGUAAACACUUCUGGGGUGGAGAAAAUUUUCUGUGUGGUUUUUCGUGUGGAAAUUGUCCCGUGUUUUCCGUUGCAAUCCGGUGCGAAAUGCGCUAGAACUGUUCGCCGAGCGGUUUAUUCACGAUGUACUCGGAGUGGGCCUCGCUAGUGCCGACAAUCACGGAAAACAUCACCAAUGCCCAAUCGCAGAGCGUUCUGGGAAAGUUUGGAAUCGUGGGAGGGCGUGAUGUGGCAGCCGUGGUCGUGAAACAGUUAGCUGGCAAUCUCGGAAUUACGAAUGCGGCCGAACCCAGCACUCUCGUUGCGGAUCAGGAGGUUCAAUGGUGCAUGGACGUAAUUUGUCACGGGCUUUCGCUUCCGCUGGCGGAACAUGACAUCAUCAAAGAUUGCGUCAACAUAUACUGCGAGUGGCUGACGGCUUUGCUGCCCAAUCCGAAGAUUAGCGUUCCGAAGCCGAUCUGCGACGAUCCGAACACCUACGUGCGGAAGAUCAUCAAGCACCUGUACAACCUGUUUGUGCCCAGACCAGGAGAAGGGUUUGAACUGAUUUCGUUUUAUUUUCCUCAUGCUCUACCAGACUGGCCUUUUAUAUAUCAAGAGGAUCUAGGAACCGAUACCAUUAACCGGCAGGCCGUUUUCUGCCAUCGCGUUCUUCGGACUCUGCAGGACACGGCUCAAAACUCACAAAUACUGACGGUGGAAACGUGGGAAUCUCUGUUGCUGUUUCUGUUGGCCAUCAACGAAAUCCUUUUGGCGCCACCGAUCGUCAAGGAUGACGUGGGAGAUCAACUUUGCGAACGUGUCUUGUCUGUACUGUUUGAGGUGUGGCUGCUGGCCUGCAGUCGAUGCUUCCCUUCGCCUUCGUUGUGGAAGACCUUUCAAGAAUCUUGCGCUGCCUGGCGCCAUCGGAUUGCUCUCGUGGAGCAGUGGAACCGAGUGAAUCUCGUUUUGACUGCAAAGCUGCUCGAGUUCACUUAUGGACCUGCUUUUCCGGAAAUGAAGAUCAUGGACGAAGACAGCAAUCUCAUACCGCCGGGAAUGACUAACGACGGAAUUGCCCAAUCUUGGAUCCGGUUUCUGAAAAUUCUAGGAGCCCCGACGGAUCUCUGUUGCCCGCAGGUCAUCAGCAGAACGCCACAGUUCAUCCAGGCGGUUUUGCUGAAUGCGGACGGAGUGGAACCCCAUUACCAUCCUUGCUUGCUGCAGUUGCCGCAAAUUUUCCUGAAAACCAUGAAAGGAAUUGCCGGAUUGGUGGACGCUUUCCUGGGUAUAGCUCAAUAUAGACAGAACGAUUCAAGCAUCCUGGAGAACAUGAACCACCUGCAUUUCUACAGUGGCGGAAACGUGCCAGUUAGUGCUGGUGGUGGCAACACAACACCUAACAUCAAUUUCAGGCACUCCGGUGGAGAGAUCAAGCAGAGUCCAUCAGUUCGAGCCAGUGGCGGUCUGGGUGGGCUAGGGUUGGGGGCUGCUCUGGGAGUAGCGGGAAGUGCCUCCAGCAGUAGCGGCGGUAAUACCAGUCAAACCGAUGGUAACGUCGUAUCCGGAAACGUAGGCGUUAGUGUGAUCAGCAAUUUCAUUAGUAGUCAUUCCCACGAUGGAUCUCACUUCACGGCAUCAGGAGGAAGUGGGGAAGGAGCACCGAGCUCCCCGACACCCCCACUGCAGAGGAGACUGGCCAAGAGUUUUAGCGUGGCUCCGUCGAUUUCCGCUCACGCCGUUAUUUCGAUGGCCCACUCGAAGGGUCUCACCAAGAGUUCGUUCAGUGGGCUGACCAGCAGCAGAUCUUCGGCUAACCAGGCCAAUUCGAUUCCUCAGUCGGCAUCGCUGCCUGCGUCUAAUUUUUCAUCAAUGCUGUCGCUAUGCCAGGAAAACCGCUACCCUCUGGCUGCUAAUCGUCCUCGCUGCAACAGCAUUCUCCAUCUCUUCGGCGAGUGGCUCUUUGAUGCAGCUCACAUCGGCGGCGAAACGUGGAUUCAGAAUAUGAAAAAGAAAGCAGCCGAGGCAAAGCGCCGACCUUCGUCGAUGAUCAUGGACAACCGCAAGGGUAGCCUUUCCCAGCCUCCGUCUCUGUCGGAGAUGAGCGAUGUUCCUCCGGGUCUCACCAUCGAUAAGUACGAGUCGGGCAAGGCCGAAGCUGUUGGGGCAUUGUGUCGGAUCUUCUGCGCCAAGAAAACGGGCGAGGAAAUAUUGCCGGUCUAUUUGGCCCGAUUCUACAUGGCUCUUCAACAGGGGCUCAAAUUGAACGAUUCGAAAGAGUGCGAGGAAACGCUUGCCAGCAUUUUGUACAAUUCGUCCGAUCUGUUCCGAAUCGACUUGGAAGGUAUCCAAGUGCUACUGCCUUCGUUCAUUGCCGCUUUGGAAUUGAUCCUGCCCGAAAAGGAAUUGCGAAUGAAGUCCAAUGUCAUCGUGAACAAAACGGAAUUGAGACGUGCUGCGAUCAAUGUGCUGCUGUCCAUUUUGGCCCUUCCCUUGCACUUCCAAACCCUUCCGAUUAGGGACAUCACCGCAGGACCAGCUGAUAAGAUGAUAACCUUCGUCCAGCUGAAGCCUCGUAUGAUUAACGUUCUCAUGAACGCCUUGCAAGUUGAAAACGAUCCCCAAAACACGCACAUGCUGCUUGGUGGUCUCCAUCUAUGCGUACAGGACUCCGGAACCUUUGAGGAAAUGGAGCUAGGUCCAGAUGUGUUGCAUACUUCUCAGCAAUCCAACGAUGCCAAUUUGCUGAGCUCAGCCUGCUCGGAGAAGAGUACGUACUCGAUCAAUAGCGCCAAUUCCAGCAUCGGAGGCAACAGCACCGCAACGCUUAGCAAUGAGCCCUCUAGUUUGCCGGCUUUCGAUGAUUUCUCAUCCGACAUUUUUCAUGAUUUAGAGUUGAGUUCGUCCGCUGUUUAUGAUAGCGGACACGCUCUCUUUGUUCGAGCCACCUACUUGGUGUGCCAUCGUUUGAUUUCAUCGUGGAAAACGGAUCUGAAUGUUUCGCUGGCCGCUUUGGAGCUGCUGUCCGGAUUGGCCGCGAUGCACAUCAAAGAUUCUGAUGCUUUGGAGUGCAAGCGCGCCGUCAAGUGGAUAUGCGAUUACAUCUGCUAUCAAUGUUCGCGACCGCCUCCAGCUCACAGCAAGGACCUCCACAGCACCAUUGUGGCCGCCUUUCAGUGUACCUCGUCGUGGUUGAUGCAUCAUCCGUAUCUACUUCAGGACAAAGAAUGCCUUACCACUGUGCUGGAGGUGGUAGAGUUGGGUAUCUCCGGAUCCAAAAGUGUUGGGAAGCCCGGAGAACCCGUCAAGCACAAGGAUGAGAAAGAGCUCAAACCUGCUUCCAUGAGAGUACGUGAUGCUGCGGAAAAUUUGCUGACCUUGAUUCUGGAACAGAUUGACUACUUUCCCAAUGAGUGCGGAAAGCAGUCACUCUCUUCGCUGCUAGAUGAGGUAGUCCUCGCCAAGCAUUCCAAUACAAACGGAGAGGAAACGUCGGAAAUCAAUCAGGAGCAAGCGAUUCGAAAGUUCAAGUAUUUUGUAACCGAAAAUUCCACAAUUCUUGCGUUGUUUGAAGAACCUCUAGGUAACGAUCAAGAUCCCCAGCCAACCGUCACUAUAUUGAUCCGUGGACCUUUCGGGCGCCACGCGUGGACCAUGCAGCUGCGACACUUGUCUCGCAGUAAAUCCGGUACCAAGUAUCACGCUCCAAAUCCUGGCCGUCCAGUACCCAUGAAUGACAUCAUGAUUCGACAGGAAGUGGAGUACAAGUACUUCCCUGAUUCGGUUGACCGUAUUCCACCGUGCGUCGUGGACUAUUCAAUCCCAACUUUAGAUACGACGGAACAAAAGAUUGGAAACCAAUCAACAAAACACUUGUCACGACUACUAGAAGAUCAACUAGUAUACGAGAAGCUUUCGUGGGCUCAAACUGAGUGUUCGGUUGAUGGGUUGGGACAUGCACAGGAAGCAACUGCCCCCAACGUUUGCCACGAAUUUCAAGCUGCACGGCUAUUUCUCGCUCACUUCGGUUUCCUAUCAAUUGGUCAAAACAAUGCUGGCCAGAAGCUGCUAACCGCGCUGGACACGUCCAAGUCCGAGUUCAGUCAUGACCUAACAAUGCUGGACAAGAUGAGUCCUCGAACAUGCGACACAAUCCAUGUGUUCUACGUAAAGGCUGGUCAAUCAUCGGAAGCGGACAUCAUUGGCAACAUGGACCCAGAGAAUAUCGCCAGCAUCGAUGUGCACUUCUGGAAUGUUCUUUACACCCUCGGCUGGCCAGUGAAUGUUGAAGAGCAUGCCGGAUGGACUGGCUUCAUCAACUCCAGCUGGAAAAUUCCAAAAGAUAACAAAGAUCAACGCAAGGCACAUACUUUCAACUCCUCUAACGUUGAAGAUCUUCAGCUGAACGGCGAGAAGAAGGUUCUCUAUUGGGCUGACGUGGCAUCCGAAAUAGCAAUUGUUGUUCCGAAUCGCACCAACAAGAGCGAAGUCUAUUUGGAAGACUCCACGGACGGUAAUCCCAUGACUACGUAUGAGCGAAGUGUGAGCGAAAUUCAAGCUUCAAAGGCUGCCUCCAGCAAAUCACGCCAAUAUUCGUUGGAUAAUGAACCGGCUCGUUUGGGCUCCAUGAGCAGCAAAUCAGCCGAUCCCAUUCCGCCAGUUCGGAGACGAACUGGAGCUUCUAAACCUACAACCCUGUACACGGCACCUACAGCCAAAAUCCUACUCGUUUGGCUGGAAAGCUACGAGGACCACCUGACAUUCCCGAUUGAUGAUUUACUCCACUACACGCGGGCUGGUUACACAACAGCACACGGUCCCAUUGCACCCCUCAAUUCCAACGAAUGCCACAUCAUUUUCUUGCAUGCACUGAACUCCGGAUUACUACGGGUCAAACUGCAUGGACCGACCGGAAGGAUGAACUUCGCUAUUCCGCUGAUCGAUGGAAUGGUGGUCAGCAAGAGGGUGAUCGGAUCGUUGAUCCGGCAAACGGCCUAUAACAUGGCCAAACGACGGCGGUUGGAUAAUGACUCUUACCAGCCACCGCACGUUCGAAGGCGCAUCAAGGUCCAGGAGAUGAUGCAAAAGUAUAAGAAGGAUAUGACCGAGCCUGAACUUCUUGCGGAUCUCUUCAAGGCUUCCAUCUGAACGAGCUAUUCAAGCCGAUGGUACUGAAAACAAGUAUUACUAACGCCUUUAAUGACUUUCGUGUAUGCAUAGCAACAAUGCAAUUACUGUUCUGGCUUUCGUCCAUUGUUAGUGUAUGUUUUAACGUAAAAGCAUUUUUUUUAUUUUAUUUAUUUAACCAAAACUUAUAUGUAGAAACUCGUGUAUUUUUUGUUCGUUCUCAUUGUAAUGCUCGAGGAAUUAUAUUUUUGUACCUUGCAAUACAAUAAAAAAGUAAAUCUAAAAUACUUACUA